UUCGAUUCUCGUUGAGAGAGAGAGAGAGAGAGAGAGAGAAAUGGACGCCCUUGACUCCGUCGUAGAUCCUUUGAGAGACUUCGCCAAGGACAGCGUCCGUCUCGUCAAGCGCUGCCACAAGCCCGAUCGGAAAGAGUUCACGAAGGUGGCGUUCCGUACAGCGAUCGGUUUCGUAGUGAUGGGAUUCGUUGGAUUCUUCGUUAAGCUGAUCUUCAUUCCUAUUAACAACAUUAUCGUUGGCUCCGCUUAGGUUGUAGAAAUUGCUGGAGGAUGUGACCAUUUGAUUGGUUGCAGCAGCUUCUCAUCAAAGAGGAAUGUUACAAUACAGUUCAUAGUCGUCCCAUUUUAAAUGCAUUAUUAGGUUGAACUAGUAGCCUUGAAUCUGAACUCUUUUGUAAUUUCUUUGUAAUAGAUUCUGGUUAAUUUUACCUUGAUUUGUAUUUUUUUUA